CAUCAACUCCAAUGACCAGCACUAACCUAUCCCUUUCUCGAUCGCCUUCUUUUGCCAUCAUCCAUCACUUCCUCCCUCCUUCCUCCUUCCCCACAUUGGGUUUGGGGUUCCAUUCCAGUCCAGCAUCGACGACCUCCUCCUUCGUCCGUCCUGCACCUCCCAUCCAUCUCUGGCCGGCCCUUUUUCUCCGUUCCUCUCCGUCCCACUCAUCCACCAAAGCAAGCUGCUGCUUUCCCCUCCCAAAAUAUAAUCCAUCCGAUCCACAUGAACAAUAAGCACCACCAUCAGCAAGCAAGUAUCAGCAUAAAUUAACCAAGGAGAGAGAGUGAGUGAGAGAGAGAGAGAGAAAUUAAAAAGAAACAUACAGCAAGCAGCAGAGAGCUUCAGCUAUAGCACCCUUUUCGUCUCCCCCCGGCCACACAUCCCAGAAACCAUUCUUUACUCCCCUCCAAGAAAACAAGCACCACACAAACCCUAAAGAAAUUCAUCCUCUCCUCGCUCUCGCCGUCUACUAUUUUCAUCAUCACCACCACCACCGUACCACUUCUUCUACUCGCGCCGCCGAAUUAUUAAUAUUAUCGAAAGAUGGCAGGCCUGGAUUUGGGCACAAGCUCCUACCUUCACCAGCAGCACCAGCACCACCACCAGGUGCCCCUCCACCUCCACCACGACGACGGCGUCGGCGCGGGGGGCGGCGGCUCUGACGAUGGCCAGGACUCGCUGUCGCCGGGAUCAGGCGGCGGCGGUGGGGGUACGCCCAGCUCCGCCGGAGGCGCCGGAAUCGGCGGCGGGGAGAUCGUCGCUCGCCGCCCGCGCGGCCGCCCGCCGGGCUCCAAGAACAAGCCCAAGCCGCCCGUGAUCAUCACCCGGGAGAGCGCCAACGCGCUGCGGGCGCACAUCCUUGAGGUCGCCGCCGGCUGCGACGUCUUCGAGGCGCUCACCGCGUACGCGCGCCGCAGGCAGCGCGGCGUCUGCGUGCUCUCGGCGGCUGGCACCGUCGCAAACGUCACGCUGCGCCAGCCGCAGUCGUCCCAGACGGGACCGACCUCGCCGGCCGUCGCGACGCUCCACGGCAGGUUCGAGAUACUCUCCCUCGCUGGCUCCUUCCUCCCGCCUCCGGCCCCGCCGGGGGCCACCAGCCUCGCGGCCUUCCUGGCUGGGGGCCAGGGGCAGGUCGUCGGUGGUAGCGUGGCUGGCGCGCUCAUCGCCGCGGGGCCGGUCGUCGUCGUGGCCGCGUCGUUCAGCAACGUCGCCUACGAGAGGCUGCCGCUCGAGGACGGCGACGAGGUGGCCCCUCCACCGCCUGCGGGGGGCGACCAGCAGCAACCCGGUGUGCCGUUUGAUCCCGCGGCCGCCGCCGCCGCUGGCGGGCUUCCCUUCUUCAACCUGCCGAUGGGGAUGCCGCCAAUGCCGAUGGACGGCCACGCCGGCUGGCCGGCUGGCGCCCCUGGCGGCGGUGUCGGGAGGCCGCCCUUCUCUUGACGGAUCCCUCAUCGAUCUAUCGGCAAAGUGCACGCGCGCGAGGACGUGGACUACUGCGUGUACAACAACCAAGUAGCAUCUCUUUCUCUCUGUCUGCCUUCCGCUUCAUUCCCUUGUUCGUUCUCUCUUUGUGCCGCCAUUGUUGUGAUCUCUAUCUCUGUCUGAUGUUUUUUUUAUGUUAACCUGUAUGGGACUUGAUUGUGUUAAUUCUUGAUCAGUUGAGUGUCACUGUUAAUUUGAACUAUGUGUUGUGACUUGUGAGGACAUGCACUCAUAAAUUGGUCAAAAAUUGUUUUUUUUAUGUCCCGGGAGUCAAAUGUUCAAGGUAACUUUAGUACCAACAACAAUGUUAUUACACAGGAUACAUAAAUUCUUGUGGGAAA